GAAUUCUGGGGGUGAAGCUUUUGGGGCGGGGCCCAGCUGUUGCUAGGGUUGAUGUCCUUCAAGGUUUAUUUCCAUAGAGGCCCCAGAGGUCUGGGGAGGUAACAUGGUGGGGCCUAGGAUCUCAACUUUGGGCCUUCUCCUGCUGAUGCAAGGCUCAGUAGGUGCCAAUGGAAUCCAGGGAUUUUUCUAUCCAUGGAGUUGUGAGGGAGAUGUAUGGGACCGAGAGAGCUGUGGCGGUCAGGCAGCAAUCGAGAACCCCAACCUCUGCCUACGCCUGCGAUGCUGCUACCGGGAUGGCGUAUGCUAUCAUCAGCGGCCAGAUGAAAAUAUGCGGAGGAAGCAUAUGUGGGCGCUGGGCUGGACCUGUGGCAGCCUACUCUUCCUGAUCACCAGUAUCUGUCUCUUCUGGUGGGCCAGGCGCCGAGACAUGCUGCACCUACCACACUAUCUACAAGGGAAAUGUAAUGGACUGGCAGGGUCAGUCUCCCUACUGUGCAAGGACGGACGAUCGGUCAGCAGGUCAACCAUGGUUGGCACGCCUGUUCAAGUGUACACGGUGCCACAAUCCCCAAGAGGCACUAAACUAGAAGUUGCACCUAUAGUUUCUGAGGAGGAAACAGAGGGACCUGAAGAAUAGGGCAACCCUGGAGGACCCCUUAAUACAGAUAUAGCAUAUA